AUCCUGAGUUGAGGUAUUAAGCUGAAGAGAUGAAGUUUGUUGUUACAAUCUUUUGUGUUGGCUUAGUCUCAGCAGUUUCUUGCCAGCUACAAUGCCUAGGAGGGCCACAUCACAAAUCAACGCCAAGUUCUGAGACCAACUUUCAGGAAUGUCUCCUAUAUGCUGAAUCUUCAUGUUGCCAUGCCAACUUCACCGAGAAACUCUCUCGUUCACCUAUGAUUGAGGUGAACAAUUACUACUACAACAGAUGCGGUAACCUCAGUAAAACGUGUGAAGAUUAUAUGAAGAAAACAGAAUGUUUCUAUCAUUGUUCUCCACUGGCCAGUCACUGGAUACACCCUAACUUUUCAGAAGCAAUCCAACAUGUGCCUGUGUGCCAGUCCUUCUGUGACAACUGGUUUGAUGCUUGCCAUUCUGACCUGACCUGUACUUACAACUGGAUAUCGGACUGGGAAUUUGAUGAAACUGGAAACCACUGUAAAAAUGACUGCAUUCCAUUUCAUAAGAUGUAUGCAAAUGGCACUGACCUUUGUCUGAAUGCCUGGGGGGUCUCAUUUGUAACCAGCUCCUCUCCAUGCCGCUGCUUGGAUUUCACAGAGACAGACAAAAAGGUGAUAAAAUACAUCUUUAAGGGAGACAACUCAGCAGAGAGUGGUGAGGAGGAGGCCUGCAAACCGAGACUAAAGAAGCCUGAGGACAAAAAAGCUGCAGACUCAGAGGAGCAUGACUGAUGUACUUUCUUGGCUAACCAGUAUUUGAUGAGAGAAGUCACCUAAUUACACCUUCUACAGAAAAUUCCACAGAAAGCAAAGACAGAAAAUCUGCUGCUGUCUGAUGGGGACAUGAUUACUAACAAUUAAGCUACAAUAAAAUAAGCUUAUAAAUCAAA